AACAGAGCUGAGCAGCAGCGGGGCUGUUUACUUGAGAAUGGCUGCUGCUGCGUGCAGUACGCAGAGCACUCUGAACCCGUGCACUGGCAAACUGCACAGAGAGCAUCUGCGGAAAAGUAUAGAUUCGCGGAGGAGACAAGCUGCGCUUUUCUUUCUCACUAAUAUAUCUUUGGACGGACGUCCUGUGCGGAACAAUGUGAGCGCAGCGGGUCCAAGUGAUGCCGAGUUUCAGUGCUCUGACAUCGGCGCGACUGUGAGCGGACUGUCCGCUGGGGCGAGUAGCUAUGGGACCUUCCCCAGCCUCUCUGUCCCCAGACUCGGACUGCUCAACGUCCCGCCCAUCCUGGUUCUGCCGUCGGAUUCUAGGUUCAGUGACGCCGGGAGUACCGAGAUGUUCCUGGAGAGGGAGAGGGGCUUGUUCUCCUCGCAGAGCAAUCUCCUGUCCCCGUGCAGUCUGCAGCCCACUCCGCUCGGAGCGCGGAAGUCUCCGACCCUGCUGUCAGUGCAGAGCUGCGGCUCUUCGCUGGAGUCUCGACCGCGGAGUCGGAACCCAUCUGGCUCUCCUCGUCCACGCUCUGUGAAGAAAGUCCACUUUAUUAAGAACAUGAGGCAGUACGACACCAGGAGCAGCAGGAUCGUGCUUAUCUGCGCCAAAAGGUCUUUGUGUGCCGCCUUCUCUGUGCUGCCGUAUGGAGAGAGCUUUCACAUCAGUGAUCCUGAUCUGGAUGCUCAGCGGCGGAGGCACUCAUCUGGAGGAAUAUCCACCACCCUAGAGAUGCUUCCCGGGCUGGAGGGAGUGGAGCUGGGCUUGUACGGCAGGACGGUGUCGUACGCUCAGUUCCUGUACCCUACUAAUGCUUUGGACUGCCAAAAGCCUGCAGUGGAUCUCGCUCUACCCAUGCCCUAUUCCAGAAACAGCUUCCCUUGCAGUUAUCCUCCCUCUCGCCUCAACAGCACUGUCGGCAUGGACCUAGACCUUGAAGACCCUGACUAUGACCCUAAUGUGCUCAGUGACCCACGGUGGCCAUGUGGAAAACACAAAAGAGUGCUUAUCUUUGCCUCAUACAUGACAACGGUAAUAGAGUACGUCAAACCGUCAGAUCUGAAGAAGGACAUGAAUGAAACCUUUAAAGAAAAAUUCCCCCAUAUCAAACUCACACUGAGCAAAAUCAGAAGUUUGAAGAGAGAAAUCCGUUCAGUGGGAGAGGAGUCUUCCCUGCAGCCGGUCACCAUAGCCAUGGCAUUUGUGUACUUUGAGAAGCUGGUCCUACAGGGGCGUCUCAACAAGCAGAACAGGAAGCUAGUGGCGGCCGCAUGCCUCCUACUCGCCGCCAAGAUCAGCAGCGACCUGAAGAAACAAGAGGUCAAGCAACUGAUUGAUAAAUUGGAGGAGAGUUUUCGUAUUAGCCGUCGGGAGCUGAUUGUUUUUGAGUUCACUAUCUUGGUGGCUCUGGAAAUGGCACUCUACCUUCCGGAGAGUAAAGUCAUGCCCCACUACCGCAGGCUGGUGAAGCAGACCUGACGUGUGUAGAGCGGAGGCUCAGGGCCGACUCGAAUAUGCAGAUGAGAUGUGUAAAGCAGCCGAUCAUGUGGGACUCUGAGCUCCCUCCAUUGCAGUUUGAGGUAUCAGAGCGAAUACACAUCAUCAGGAAGCUCUAUGGAAGAACUGACGAUCAAAAUUAUGCU